GCGCUGUCGGUGCGUUUACAUUCGCGCGCGAGUUCAGUUCUCUCGUAUCUUCCGUUUCAAGACGUUCGUCGCGUCCCGUGGGGGGUAUUCUCGGUUCUAGCAGGAAGAACCAAUGAAAAAGACGUCGCUACCCCAACGCUGUUUACGUGUGUAGUGCAAGCAUCCCAUUCCAUCCGCUAAUGUUGUGACCUACUAGCCGCUGUACUGCUGUGAAUAAAACAAAAGGCAUCCCGUGUCCCGCAGUUCGUGUGUUCGUGAAAUUGGGGCGUACAACCCACCCCUGAGAGAGCGAGUGAGGGAGGGUGAAAAAGCGGGGAAGAAAAAUAAUACAACGUAUGCACGGCAUACCUUCAAGAGUGCGUUCGCAAACAGUGGUGUGAGUGAAAACGUGCUCACCCCCUUUACAACCCCCCCCCCCGUGCCUUAAUAUUCCCUUGUAUCCGGCCUGUUGGUGGGUGUUUUUUUUUUCGCGGCAUCCAAGCAACCCCCAUUGAAAUUUGCUCGCGUGUUUAGUGUGUGCGUGUUUCGGUGUUUUGUUUUGUGUGCGCGUGUGUGUGUUUGUGUGAUUUGGUUCCCCUUUGCCGGAGUCCCGAAAAGAAGAAGAAAAAUAAAAGGGGAGCCAGCGUUCAGGUGCGUCACCCUUGAAUACGGUUGUUUUGUUACGCGAGGUGCGGUUCCUUGGGCGUGCGUGUGUGUGUUGGUGACUAACCCCCAAAAUUGUGUCGCCCGACGCGACCAGCAAAGGAAAGCAUCCGAAUUCAACACAUGGAAAAGCUUCAGCCCUUACGGCCGUAGUACACUCGCACACUGCGGAUGAGAUCUUCUUCGCGUGGCGUGGCGGUAUAGAAUGGAGAGAAAAGGUGAAAGAAAGCUGGAGAAGCCGUAAAAAGAAAAAGUAAACAUAAACCAUCCGCGCAUCCAUCGCCCUCCUCCCCCUGGCUGGGCAUGUGUGUGUAUGUGUGUCGAUCGUGAAUCUUCUUUGGAAAUAAAAGCAUUGGCCCCCGGGAUCGGCUUUAUCUCGUCGCUGACCAAACCCUGCUCGAGCUGAUCGACUUACCGAACUGCUGAAACCGGUCAACGGGCAACCUCUCUCUCUCUCUAAUUGACGACGGACCUGACUCGAACCAGUAAUUAACCAGGAUCGUCUGGGAAGUCACAGCGCAGACAAAUCACAGACGCGAAAGAAAGUCAUCCAUCGUGUUAGCCAGUGUCCAUUCUUGCGAUCCUUGGUGAAGUGUGUCGGGCAGGAGGCAAGUGGACGACGGGGACCAGAGCUGGGCUAGGGGAUCAAUUCGCAGCGCGCGAGAUGCGACAGCAUUCGCGUGAACAGCUAGCGGCCCGUUACCACCACCAGCAACACCAUCAGCAGCGUCAUGGCGGGAAUUAAACCGAACAUCUACGCCGUGAUAGUGACCUCGGUGGGUUUCCUCUGUCUGGUCAUCAGUGCGACAGCGGUCGGGGUGCCGGUAUGGGCGUACUACGAGGGACGUGGCAUAGAGGACCGUGGCUAUUUUGGUCCUUGGCAAAAGUGUCAGGUGCUCAGCUAUCGGGAACGGUGCGGUGAUGUUGGACGCUUCAAACCGGACGCCGUGGUGUUUGUGAGCGGUCUGUUGGCGGUCGGUGGAUGUGCACUGUUCGGCAUCUUCUGCAUCCUGAGCAUCAUCCAGAUAGCGAUGAUAUCGUCCCGCGACCGGGUCUGCAUGAGCUACAAAGCGCUUGUGAUGCUGAAACUAGUCGCCACCGUCAUGGCCGCCGGUCUGUCCAUAGCGGCCGCCAUACUGUUCGCACUGCAGACCGAUGACAGUGCCCGUGGCUACCAGAUCACCCGGGGGAUCUCCUUCUAUCUGCAAAUGCUUGUGACGGCCCUAUCGCUCGCACUGCUCGCUUUGGCCGCGUACGAUCGUAUCCUCACGAAGCGACCGGACGGUGACCCAACGAUGCUGUCAAAUGCCACGUCCAAUGGGCGGGGAGGAGCUGGAGGUGGCGGAGGUCGCACUGGAUCUACCUACAAUAAUCCCGGCUUCCGAGAGACGUCUCACAAUCCUAACGGUAUCGCGGUAACCGAUUCAUCCGGGCGGCCAUACUCAUCCGGCAUGAAUGGUAGCAUGCAGUCGGUCAACACCACCGUCACAACCGUCUCGAACGGUUCGACGAUCGGGUCGGGCUCGGUGACGAGAACACCGUUACGAUCGAGCCUUAAGAAACCGCGCCCACCGAACUCGACCACGGACGGGUUGGGCAUCCGCAAUCCCGGCUACUCUGGUGGCAAUCAGUCGCCGCGAAUGCAGCGGAACGGUAGCGUUAAGAAGGUGCGCAUUCAAACGCACAGCACAGAUGUUUAGGGGAAAUAGUAGGUAGGAUUAGACAGUGCAAACGCUGCAGAUCGCUGUCGGUACUAAACACGUAGGGCAAAAGAUUGAUGUCAGUCGCCAGCAUUCCGUCCAAAAUGAAAUCACACACACGGCGUCCACAAAACAAAACGUACUGAUUGUAAAUAUAGUAUUUAUGUGACGAUCUGCGUAUGCCACAGAGGGGUGUACUAUAGAAAAAAGAAACGUCUGUCCUUCUGGACCACGUCCCUUGUGGCCGGAACAAUCCAUACUAGGAGAUAAUCAAUCGAAUUAUAGCAGCACGCGAAGACAUUCCAAUUCGCACGCAUAACCGAAUCGGUUUUUGAAGCAUUAGUGAGAGAGCUUAGUGUUAGGAGUAGCGUGUUGUUAGUGUAACGUCGACAGUCAAAAGCGCAACAAAAGUGCACUUCUGUGUGUGUAUUUGCGUGGGUGAGAGUUUGUAUGGAUGGUUGCUUUAUACACUAAGCAUAUUUUAUGCUCCGACAUUAGCAGGACCAAGCAAAACAUGUUGCCUUACUAUUGAUCAUCCUACUAUGCGCCACUUUUGGCUAUAACCGUGUGUUUGAGUGCUUAGAACAAAACUAUUUUACCAACGCACAUCUACUCUUUUGGUCCGUUUUGCCACCUUUUAGUAUCAAUUUAAUGGCACGGGGCAGUCCGGUGGUAGAGGCGACAAAUGGCGCCGGUCUUCGUACAGCAGGACCGGUGUUCAAAUCCCAUCCGGACCGUUUCCCCCCGAAGGGUGAGGACUUGACUAUCCAACUACGUUGAACUAAGAGUUAGAGGUCGUUGGGUCAAAAUGGGAAUGUCUGUCGGCUAUCUAUUUCGAAUUGCAAUAACAAUAGGGCACAAAGGACACAGGCACACUCUUCCAAUCUCUCACGCGCACGUAGCCAUUUUGUCUUUUAAUCAUCGGCGCUGUAGUGGUUUUUAAACCUUCUCAUAGACAUAUCUCGAUAAGCGUCGUGCAGGAUUUGAACAAUGAUUGUGGUCUUCCAAGGUUGUUAGUAGCAUGUAGCAGCAGCAGCAGCAGUAGUAGUAUUAGCAGUAGCAAAAAGUAGUAGAUAUCGUUAACAAAAUAUCGCAUUCCGCAUUGAAAUGUAUUCCGUCCGUUCCCGAGGGACUCGAGUUCUCGUUAAGCUAGAGCAUAGUUUAGUGUAUCGCGCACACUGUUGUUACUAUUCAGCAGCAUUCCGAAACAGUUUUAUUCACUCUCCUAACAAAUCUCCGUCCACUGUGUUAAAUGUUAGUUUGGGGCGUGGUGCGUACCGUGUGGGGGGAGAGGGGUCCGGUGGCGAGACUGUGCUUCGCGCUGGACCCUCCUACCACCGCUCCACCCGUGUUUUAUUACUUAUAAUGAGAGCAAUACGUACACUUAAGCUGACCACUAAGAGUAUAGCAGUAAUUACUAAAAGAUGUAGCAAAAUUGAACACUCACCAUCUCUUCUCAGAAUUUUCCUCUAUUCGUGGUUUUCUUGUUAUUUUUCUUUUCAAGCCACAAAUCAAGCAGCGCUUGAAUUAUCUCUGUGUGCGUGUGUGUGAAGAAAAAGCACAGCUUUUUUAUCUACGUUUAUAAAGAAAAAAGAUGAAAGGUACAUUUCCUAGUUUAGUUUAGUAUUACGCUACUAGCGCAGGAAAGAAAACGGCAACCAGCGGAUCGGCGGUUAGGGGACCACGUUCUAAUAACACAACCCUGGAAAGGACAGUUGCCGGGUACUGUGAUUCAUUAAAAAUGAAUUUCAUUAUCUCUUUUUUUUUACUUUUACUUUUAUUCGAUUGUAUUACGCAUUUUUUGUUGUGUAAAGUGUAGAAAAUGCGAAGUCCGUAAAAAAAUGAAGCAAAUUGUUCACACUGCUCUUGUAGUAAAGGCCGAGGGAAAACCCCCAAAGUUACAAAAAAAACA